GUUUGUAAACACUGUAGCGGGAAGGAGUGUGAUUGUUUAAAUGCCAGCGUAUCCUAAUCAAAAUGCCUGGUGCUGUCUUACGAUGCAAGCAGCUGGCCAGUGUAAGGAGGUUAUGCUAUUGUAAACCAAUACAUGUUGGGAAAUUUCUCAAACAGUAUUCAACACCAUCUAGUGCGAGAUUGGAGACAUUGAUUAAGCCUGAGUUGGAUGUAGACUAUCUGUGUAAUGCAGAUAACAAAACAGAAAUUGAAAAUAAUAUAAGGAACCGGAAAGGUGUUGGUAAUAUUAACCGCGUUCUUGAGUUGCAUAAACGAAUUAGUUCACUGUCGCGUGACAGAGAAGAUGAACUGCAAGAACUGAGAAAAGAAUUUGAAGAAGAAGCCUUGCUCAUACCUAACAAGUCCUUCCCUUCCUUGUCGCAGUACGGCGAAGAGCCGAAAGUUCUUAAUCUUCAGGGAGUGAAACCUAGUUUCCCGUUCAAGGCGAAAGAAUUCAGUGAAAUCACCAUACAGAAUCGGACUUUGCGAACGGAAAAUUUGGCCGUAUUUACUGGACACAGAGGCUACUGCUUUAGUGGACAGCUUGCAGAACUUGAACAAGCUCUUGUUCGAUACACCGUGAGGGAACUGUUAUCGAGAAAUUUUAAGCUAAUUUCAGUCCCAGACAUCUUGCCAAGAGAAGUAAUUGAAGGCUGUGGAAUGAACACGAGGGGAGAACGUACGCAGGUAUUCUCAUUGGAUGCACAGCUACAUGGUGAAGAUCUGUGUUUAUCUGGAACAUCAGAGAUGGCCCUUGCUGGCUACCUGGCAAAUGCAGUAUUUGAAGAGACUGCAUUACCUGAGAAGCUUGCAGCGGUGAGCAGGUGCUAUAGAGCUGAAACAUCAAGCAUUGCAGAAGAAAGGGGAAUUUAUAGAGUGCACCAGUUUACCAAAGUGGAAAUGUUUGCUGUGACAAAUCAAACAAGCUCAGCUGAGCUUAUGUCAGAAUUUUGUCACUUACAAGAACACCUCUUCUCAUCACUGGGACUGCAUACUCGUACACUUGACAUGCCUCCACAUGAGCUGGGAGCUGCUGCAUAUCGUAAGCAUGACAUUGAAGCUUGGAUGCCUGGUCGCAAUGCCUGGGGUGAGAUUUCAAGCUGCAGCAACUGCACUGACUACCAAACACGGCGCCUGAAUAUUAGAUACAAGCCAACAGGUGUGCCAGAUUGUACCAUCCAUGCACAUACUGUGAAUGGAACUGCGUGUGCUGUACCUCGGAUGCUUAUAGCUAUAAUUGAAACGCAUCAACAACAUGAUGGGACUGUCAUCAUUCCAGAACCUUUGCAGCCAUUCAUGAGGGGCAGUACUUGCAUUGGGAAACAAGACUUAAUACCUGCCAUGCAGUUUAUCAGGAAAAGGGAACUGACUGAGAAAGGCUGAAAGAGAUAUCUAAAGUCACUCUGCUUCAAAUGUUUUCAUUAAUAUUCCAAAGAUACAUUCAAAAAUUAUAUCUUAGAAGCUUUUAUUGAAUAUUGUAGUGAGCAUUUUAUUAUUUGCAGGAUAAGUUAAAUCACAGAAGUACAAGGCUUCUCACGCUGGAAGUAUAUAGCCUAUUAAUCUUCAGCAGAACUUAAGUUAUGUUCAGUGCAUAUUUCUGAGAUAUUAAAAAUAUUUUUGUGUUGGAGCAGCGUGGGUCAUACAGUAAAUUUGAAGUACCUCCAUAUGUUUGCUGCAAUAAUGUUCACUCUUCCUAAUUAUUCAUGAAGCCAGAAAGUGGUAACCAUAAGGAACCAGACCUGAUGGGAGAGGAUAUGUGGACCACCUGCCGACUUUUCAUUUCUUGCACAAUAAGUGUUUGUUCUUACAUUUGUAAAUUGGUGGUAUAGUUUUAAAUUGGAUGCAGUAUUCAUUCCUUUGUGAAGAGAUAUUCAAGGAUGUAAAACAUGCCAGGGAAGGUAAAUACACAGCACAUAUUUACAAAAAUAAAACUAAUAUGCUAAUGUUCCUUUCAUAGACCUGAGUGAGUGUGUCCUCUUGGAUAUGAAAAUAAGUAAAAAUAAUAUACAUUUUUUCCAUUUACAUAUUAAUUAAAAAGCUUACCACUAUCAUUUAAAUGCAUUUCCCGCCAGUUGUGCAACCGGAAAUGAAUUUUUCUCCAUCACGGGUCUAGUAAUACAAGGGCCUGUGCCCAGCCCUGUCUCGCCAGAAACUAAGUCCCACUACCUUAACAGCUUCUUUAAGCAGUUGUGCCACGUAACCAAACGGUUACAGCUCGCAGAGACACGUGCAUUCACAAAGACACAGGGGCAUUGUAGAUGACCCAGAGAGCAUUCCAGAGUGCCCUAGAGAGCUAUAACACGAAGAAGAACUGCUUUUCGGCUUUUGGCAAGAUCAACAUGUAGUCUUUUUAUUCAAGGUCAACGCAUUAUUUAUGAUAAUACAGAGUUAAGUCACCAGCAAGUGACAGAUCUUCACAACCACCAUGUCCUUUACACCAAAAAUAUACAGCCUCAUCAUCAUCUACCUUCUUGCGACUACGAGUGCGUAUAAACAAAUCUUGCAGAGGGACUAAAUAAGGAUUACUACCACCUAAAACUUCACUAAUAUAAGACAAUUAUAUUGUAAAUAAUAUAAGACAAUAUAAUAAGUAAUAUAAGAUAAUUAUAAUAACAUGAAAAGGAAGAUUCUCUUGAGAACACAAUAAAAUUACAAGAGACAGAGUGGCUGUCCAAUAUUCACCUGAAGGAGAUGAUACCCCAGAACUGCUGGUACACAUUUAAAAGUGAAAAACCUGUCUGUACCUUUCAAGACUGUAAAUUCCUUCAUUGAGAUGGUAGGAGGACUAGCCUGGAGAAGAUUAGAAAGGAGGGGUCAUCGUACUGAGAGGGUUUAUCUGAUCAUGGACUCCAAGUGAUUUGUUUUCUCUCUUAUACCCUUCCCCAACCUAUUCCUGUUUUGUCCUUAAGGAAGGAACUAAAGGUUCCAAAAGCUGGGAACAGUUUUCUCAUUUGUAAUGUCUCUGUCUGCAGUACUGGAAUUUUGCCUCUGAAAUACUGGAAAUUUAUUGUCUCUCUUUGUAGUUUUAUGAGAUUAUGCUAAGGUGAUAGUAGGUCAGGUAUGCUACUUGAUAUAGCUAAUAACAAAAACAGUAACUACUCUUUUCUUUACUCCAUUUUAGAUUCCAGUUUAGUUUUCUACAUCUUUCAUUUUCUGACUUGUCUAUUUUUUGCGAACCCCCUCCCACUUCUCUUACAUACAAUGCACUUAGAUUUUCACUCUUAUUAACUCGUGAACAAUGUUUUAGUAAUAAUCUCUGUCUGGCAUAUUACCCUGGCUUCCACCUUUAAGCUCUCAGGUUUUCAAAUCUCAUCCGGUGUAGUCCCCAACAAUCAGCCUUUCUUUCUCAUCCCGUCCAGUUAGUCUCCCCUGACCCAGGGUUGUAGGUGACUUUUCUGAACUGUACCCCUUUCCCUAAACCUCUCUAGUCCUUUUCCAUCAUGCCUCUUCCUUCCCCUUCAACUCUUCUGCCAGAAGAAGGAGCCACUGGCUCCGAAAGCUUGUAAACGUUAAAUCCUUUUGUAUAUGUUUUCCCCUGCUGCUGCUUGGUGAGUAGAUUUUUUUAAUCUAUCCAUUUAUAUUAUCGACAAAAACAGUGAUUUGUACUAAGAAAUUCAUCAGCACACUUUUACAACUUUACUUUACCACAGUGAAAAAUGUAGGAACAUGCUGAUGUUUUACAUGACUAUCUUAAGGUACUUGGAUUUACGCCACAAUAAUUUGUACUGCACACUCUUGAAUUCUAUAAGCUUCAGUAUGACAUCAUGGAAUGCAAAUAAAGUAAAUGCACCACUUUUUUUUUCUUUUCAGUCACUGAUGUCUGAAAAGGUGAACAUUACAAAUAUUUAUUCAGGAAUUUCAAUGUUUCUAUUCUGUGAUCCAUCCAGCUGAAUUUAUCAUGUUUUGAUCACAAAAUUUAACACUGACACUUUUCUUUAAUUUUGUUACUUUUUACAUAUGUUGCUUGAAAACUCAUUGCAGAUUCUGAACUUCAUGUAGUCAGGUUUCUUCCUGACAGUGAGUUGACUCAAAUCCAUUUAUUAAUGUCCAUAAAAAAUUCAUUAAUAGCACACUUCAAAGUUGCAUUUGAUUUGUCAGUUGUCACAAUGUUUGUAUCAGCAAAUAAAAUAAACUUAAUAUCUCAUAAUGUUAUUAUUGUACUGUCAUUAAUAUAAGUGAGGAAUCUUGUGGGAAUUGACGUGUAAUUAGUUGACAUUCAAAUUGAUGCUUUGUUUCCUGCUGGGAAAAUAUGACUUGAACUACUUCACAGAAUUUCUUGUGACAUUUAUUAAUUUAGCUAAGUGUAUCAAGAUCUAUGCAAUUAAAUGCCUGUGAUAGAUUUCAAAAUAUAUUGGUAGACCGUAAUUUAAGUCCUUUAUGUAUAACCUUCUCUAAAAAUUUUAAGAAUAUUAAUAAAAGUGAAACUUAUCUGGAGGUUGACAGUAUUUCUGAAUUCCCUCUCUUAUACAGUGGCUGAACUUCACAUUAAGUUAGUCCGGAAAGCUCAUAAAAAUAAUUUAUAUGUAGGUAACUAAAGAUAUUACUGAAUAUGUAAAAAUACUAUUUAAUUGAUUUUGUUUAGUCAUAACAUUUUUUAGUAGUUGAUGCCCCACAGCUUGCAGACAUUUGUCAAAAGUUGUGUCAUGCCAAAGUCAGCAGUUUUCAUUUUUACUAAUUAUUGUUAUGCACAAAAAGUUUUUCAGUUAUAGUAUUUU